AUGAUUCCGAACCAUCGAUCAAUCCACCCUUCAAGUAUCCAGAAGCCGCAGUUCCUCCAGUAUUCCUCCCUCUUUCGGUCGGUAUCCUCAGGCCACGUCCUCACUGGCCUUCAGGCGCGUCCAGUUCUUGCCAGCUCCGGACUUUCUGUAGCGACCCUCAGGACUAUCUGGGACCUCAGCGACCUCUCGCAUGAUGGCUGCCUCGACCUCCCAGAGUUUGCGAUCGCCAUGCAUCUCGUUGACUGUGUCAAACUAGGAUUCCCACUCCCCUCAGCCUUGAGCCAUGAACUCAUCUCGUCGGCAAGGGCAGGGGGGCUGGAUGCUCCAACUUCGCCUUUGCAGCAGCAGCAGCAGCAGCAGCAGCAGCCGCAAUCCUAUGUGCAGCCGCAAUGGCAGCCACAACAGUUUCCUUACAUGCAGCAUCAGCAUCAGCAUCAGCAUCAGCAUCAGAAUUCAUACAUGCAUCCACAGCAGCAACAACAAAAGUUCAUGGAUCAUCAUCAGCAGCAAGUGUUCAUGCAGCAGCAGCAGCAGCCAUUCGUGCAGCAGCAUCAGCCAGUGGAAGAUGACUUCGGUGACUUCGAGGGCCAAGGCGUCGACGAUGACUUCGGUGACUUCGAGUCUGCCUUUGUGUCAGCAGAACCUCCACAGCCUGAUGUGCAGCCAGAGCCCUCUGUCGACCUUCUGGGCAGUGUGGCUCAUGUUCCCUCGCAGGAUCCGCCAUUAGCGCAAGAGCCUGUCUCUGUCGGGAGUGAGAUGAUUCCUGCUAGUAGCGAUGGCUCACAGGCCCCAACGCCGAUCCUUGAAGAUCUCUUGUCGCUGGCUGAACCUGCGAAGAUAGACACUCCACUCGAUAGUCAUGGUGCGGUGAGAAGGAACAUCGUUACGAAGGCUGUCCACAUUCUAGAUCUCUUCGCUGAAGAAUCGAAGCCGAAGCCGAAGCUGAGGGAUCUGAUGAAGACCACUCCAACCAAAAUGAUUGACCCGCAGCAGCACCUACACCAGAAACCCUCCGCUCCUUCCAAGGCGUAUGACGUCUUCACCAAGCUCGUGCAGGAAGAUCUUGGAAUUGUUGAUUCGAACGAAGAGACUCCUCCUGCUCAGGAUGACGAUUUUGGCAACUUUGAGGCUUUCAAUGGAGAUGACACUCGAGCUGUGAAUGAUGCUGAUGCGGGUGAUCAAUUCGGCGAUUUUGCUUCAGCCUUCGACGAAGAAGCGAACGAUGUGCACGAGUCAGGGGCUGCGGGGCAGGGUACAGACCCCUCAAGUGAAAGAAGACAUGAAGAUCAUCGUGUACAUGCGCCAGGGACGAUGGAGUUCAAGCUCAAUCCUGUCCAGUACUUGACUGAGCUCGGAUUCGACUCCAAGGCGGCAACGGUCGCACUUGAAAAGUGCGAUUGGAACACUGAAGCAGCUGCAAACUUGCUGCUCGCACAAGAGGCAGAGCCGGGCCCGUCGAAAGGAAACGAGUGGAUAUCCAGUGAAGAUGAAUUUGGCGACUUCGAGGAAUACAAUGAUAAGGGGGGGAGCGAUGCCGACCACCCGUACCCGAUGCCUCAGUACAUCGACCAGCAGGGUGAAAGAUUGUUCGACUGGAGCCUGGCGGAGGAUGACAAUAACCUGGUUCAAGGACAGCUCUCUGACGUUCUGCCCGACUCUUCAAAUGAAGUUUCCUUGAUGAAGGGGAACAAAAGUGCAUCGGAUGUGGUCAAGACUGGCAGGGCAGUCGAUCUCUUCCACGAUAUCCACCAAGGAAUAGAGCAGGAGGAUAGAAGCAAAACGUUGGCAGGGAUAUCAGAGGUAGCAGGAUACAUGGAGACAGCUGAAGACGACUUUGGGGAGUUCGGAGGGUUCGAUGGAGAGGAGGCCGAGCCUCCUGGAGCAGCACAGGGAGACGAAGAGACGGCUUUGACAAGUGGAGCAACGAAGUUCAACCUGGACGAAGACUCCGAGGAGGAGGGAGAGCUCUUCGGCUACAGGAACGAUGAAGGGCAAGAGAGUAGUGGCUCCUCUCUCUCCCGCCCUGCAGUGGACGAGGAAUUCCUGCAGAACUUGCGCGCUCAGAUGCUGACGGCCAGCAUGGAGGAGCUGAAGACUUGCGCCCUCAUCCUGGAGCAGUUCCAGGCAGCGGCGGGUGCGGAAAAUGCGCACCCUCAGUUGCAGGAGGAGGUUCUCAGGAGCAGUAGGAUGGAGAUGUACAUCUCAGGUGCCGCUGCCCUCUCCUCCGUCGCGUCUCGCCUAGCAUGGAAGCUUCAGGUCUCUGUGGACAAGGACGAGCUGCAAGCUCGCGUGCUCUCCUCUGGCAUCAGGGAGUGGCGGCAGUGGUGGGAGGCUCAGGUGGCCGGGGAGGAGGAGGCAGCUUACAGGGCAGGCAAAGAAUCCUGUGUGGUUUGCGGAGUGGGGUUGGAGGUGGUGGGGAAGGGUGUCUUUCUUGGGGGCUACGGCACUGGCGGGCUGAUCUGUUGA